AUGGAGUUCGGAAACGCAGUUGGGCCCCCAUGGAACGGCACGGACUGGCACCAGCCGAUGUAUGACCGGAUAGUGAAUAGAACUGGCUGCUCGGCUUCCCCGGACACCCUCCAAUGCCUCCGCGAGGUCCCAUAUGGAACCAUCUACAACAAUGCAAACGAAGGCCUUGAAUGGUCCGCUGCCGUCGACGGCACCUUCUUCGAGGAAUAUCCCCAGAUCAGUUAUAGCGAGAGGGGACUAGCCAAGAUCCCGAUCCUCCUUGGAACCAACACGGACGAAGAGUGCAUUGCGCAGCUCAUCACCUCGAAACGCUGGGUCAUCAACCGCGAGGAAGCCACGCAGCUGCUCACAUACCACGCCAAUGACCCUGCUCUGGAAUGUCCGUACGGCUGGGGAAAUGUGACAUGGCCGAAGCUCGGGCUUAUGUACAAACGCUAUGCAUCGAUGGCGGGGGAUCUGACCAUGCGCGGACCGAGACGGCUACUGGCGCAGACCUUGGCCAGGUAUGAGAAACAGGUGUACUCAUACCGAUGGGAUGUAGCUGCCCUGAACACGAGUAGUACCAUUGGCGUUGGGUAUUUCGCAGAGAUCCCCUUGUUCUUUUCGAAUCCAGCGCAAGACAUAACAUAA